AUGACUAGACCAGUACUCAUUAGCAUCAUCAGCACAUUCACCACACACACAGCUUAUGCCGACAGCCAUCUUACAGAGUCAUUAAAGCUACCUGUUAAAGACUGUUCAGUCUCAAUAGGAGCUGUUGAUGACUUAUGCACUAUUUCCAAAAAAUGCAUUAAGCUUACAUUUCAAUCCAAUCACACCAAGUUUGGAAAAGAGUUAGAAUUCCUUAUUGUCCCAAAAAUCACUAACCUCGUGCCAGAUGAAAUUUUCCCUCGUGAGUUAUAUCACAUUCCAAAAAAUAUACAACUAGCAGAUCCUAAAUUUCACAUACCUCAAGCAGUUGACAUAUUAUUGUCCUCAGGCACUACCCUAGCAGUAUUAGCUGUAGGACAAUUAAAUAUCACUCAUAAUACGACUAACAUAAUAUUACAGAAAACUAGUUUAGGUUGGAUAGCGGCAGGAGGCUCAGACAACAUAUCAACCUCAAGAAAGGCGUCUUGUAAUGUAGUAAAAUUAGAUACCAUGAUAGAAAGAUUCUGGCUAGUCGAAGAGAUAGACACCGAACCCUCAAAAUCUCGCGAUGAGAUAGCUUGUGAAAAACAUUUUGUCAAUAAUACUCGAAGAGACCCUACAGGUCGAUACAUCGUGCGGCUACCUUUUCGUUGCAAUAAAUUUGAGUUAGGAGAAUCUUGUUCUCAAGCGUUAAAUCGUUUUUAUUCACUUGAAAGAAAAUUUAAGGUAAAUCCCAAUUUUAAGGUAGAGUAUGAAAAGGUGAUGCAGGAAUAUAUCGACCUUAAUCAUAUGUCACUAGCUAACGACACUGUAGGAGGUUAUUAUCUUCCUCAUCAUGCCAUAAUAAAAUCAUCUAGCGAGACCACCAAGCUUAGAGUAGUUUUUGAUGCUUCGGCAAAGACUUCCACAGGAAUUUCACUUAAUGAAGUUUUACUAGUAGGUCCCACCAUCCAGGACAAAAUAUUUGAACAAGUAAUUAAAUUCCGAGCCCACAAAUACGUCAUUACAGCCGACAUAGCCCGAAUGUAUAGGCAGAUUAUCGUACAUCCCGAUGAUCGAAAAUAUCAGCGUGUACUAUGGUACCAUAACCACCAAAUCAGAACCUAUGAACUUAAUACCGUAACAUUUGGCGUUUCAUCAGCCCCAUUUUUAGCCAUACGCACGAUUCAGCAGCUCGCCAACGACGAAGCAUCAAAUUCACCACGAGCUAGUAAAAUACUCCUCAGAGAUUUGUAUGUGGAUGAUCUCAUUACUGGAGCUGACACUCUCGGUGAGAUUAUUCAGAUACGUGAUGAAGUGAUUGAGCUGUUGAGUCGAGGCGGAUUUACGAUACGACAAUGGGCCUCUAAUCACGAAGCUGCUCUUAACAACAUUGAUAAGAAAUUCUUUGAUUUAGACUGUUUGAUAAAGGAAAAUCCUGUUCAAAAAACGCUGGGAAUCAUUUGGAAUUCUCAACAUGACAAACUCCAAUACAAGGUUCAAGUAAUUGAUCCUAAAGACACUUGCACUAAACGUAAACUCAUAUCUGAAAUUUCUAAAAUUUUUGACCCGCUUGGAUUGGUAGGCCCAGUGUCGUUAUAUGCCAGAGUUUUAAUUCAAGAUUGCUGGAAAUCUAAAAUCACAUGGGAUGAGUCCCUGCCCCAGGAAAUUCACACCAGAUGGGCCACUGUUGCAGAACAGCUACAUCUGCUAGAAAAACUUUCGAUUGAUCGUCAUAUCUUGAUUCACAAUUUUGCACGAAUCGAGAUACACGGGUUUUGCGAUGCAAGCAUACGUGGGUAUGGAGCAUGUAUUUAUUUCAGGUCCAUAGAUGUAAAGGGCAAAGUGUUGGUAAGACUUGCAUGUGCAAAAUCACGCGUCGCUCCUCUCAAAAAUAUGACUACUCCUCGAUUGGAAUUAUCUGCCGCAUCCUUACUCAAAAAACUAUACGUUACUAUGCGAUCUCAAUUCGAGCUUCAUGUCGAUCGGGUAGUGCUGUGGUCCGACUCUACCAUCGCACUGCAUUGGAUUAGCAAGGCUCCCCACUUAUUAAGAACUUUUGAAUCAAACAGAGUUGCGGAUAUUCAAACUCUCGGAGCUGAGGUCCAGUGGAGACAUGUUCGAACAGAUGACAAUCCAGCAGACGCGUUAUCCAGGGGUCAACUCCCUGCAGAUUUUCUCUUAAAUAACACUUGGUUUUCAGGUCCGAGUUGGUUGUCCCAAGCAGAGAAUACCUGGCCACCCAGUGUGGAGAUAUCAAGUCGAGAAGACUCUGGGUUCAAACAACGAUUCUGCCUUCUAACCACAAACUCAGUGUCUGAGAUCUAUUCUCGUUUUUCAUCAUACCAGAUUCUUAUUAAAACUAUAGCUUUAAUUUUUAGAUGGCGCACAAAACUUAACAAAGGAUUACCAAUCACCGUUGAAGAAGCACGAGAAGCAGAGCUGAAAUUACUGCGUAGUAUACAACACGAAAAAUUCCCUGUUGAGGUAAAACGUCUGUCGACCGCUCACGACACAGAGUCCGGACAAAUUUCUGUUCCUUAUCGAAAAACUACCAGAUUCGACAAUUUACAUCCAUUCAUAGAUAACGAUGGACUCUUGCGCGUGGGUGGUCGAUUGAAAAAUUCACAACUUACUUACAACCAAAAACAUCCAGUUUUGCUGCCAAGCAAACAUCACGUAACCGAUUUAAUUAUUCGACAAUACCAUCAAUCUAAUUUACACGGAGGAAUACAAUCCACUCUUUACUCAAUCAGAGAACGCUUUUGGAUAAUUAAUGGUAGAGAUCAAGUUAGAAAAAUUAUCAGACACUGUGUGGAUUGUAUUCGUACCAAACCUAAACCCUUACAAGCCCAAAUGGCUGAUUUACCCGCAGCUCGCGUAAUCAAAGCCCCAGCAUUUAGUCACGUUGGUGUGGACUUCUUUGGACCUCUUUAUAUUAAGGAAAAACAGUUUAGAAGUAGAACAACCCUUAAGGUGUAUGGAUGCGUUUUUGUAUGCAUUAUGUCCAAAGCGGUUCACAUUGAACUAGCACAUGAUCUCUCUAUGGAAGGUUUUUUAGCCAUCUUUCGUAGGUUUAUUAGUCGUAGGGGAAUACCCAAGCACGUAUAUUCAGAUAAUGAGACAAAUUUUGUAGGAGCCAAUAAUGAAUUGAGAGAAAUUUAUGACUUAUUUAAAACACCCGAAUAUGAAAACCAAAUCGAAAAUUACGCACUUUCUAAUCGCAUAACUUGGCAUUUCAACCCGCCUUUAUCACCUCACUUUGGCGGUCUUUGGGAAGCUGCAGUAAAGAGUUUCAAACACCAUUUAAAACGCACUCUGAAAAAUCAUACUCUCACAUACGAACAAAUGCAAACUCUACUCAUUGAGAUUGAGGCUAUUCUAAAUUCAAGACCAAUAUGCACUCUUUCUGCGGAUCCCAAUGACCCUCUAGCAUUAACACCUGCUCACAUACUUAUAGGAAAGUCUUUCAAAACAUUACCCGAAAAAAAUCUUGUUUCAGUUCCUGAUAAUCGUCUAUCCACCUGGAACUUCAUAACUAAGGCUUGA